AUGGGAGGCCAGACCGGCAAUCGGUCUUUUGCGGCGGAGCUCUCCAAGGGCGGCUUCGGCGACCUGCCUCUCCUGCAGGCGGGCGGCGUCGGGGGCGACCCGCAGGGGCUGCGCGACGCUCUCGACAUGGGGUACGCCGGCUGCCAGCUCGGCACUCGCUUUCUCGCGACGCACGAGGCGCGGGUGACGGACAGCUACAAGCGGGCGAUCGUGGACGCGAGCGCCGACGACAUCGUCUGGACGAAUAAGCUGGCGGGGACGAACUCCUCAGUCAUUCGCACGGCACAGGUGGAGCGGGGGGGGCUGCAGGUGAACGCGCUGGUCGCGUUCCUGCUGCAGAACCGCUGGACGAAGCUGCUGACCCGCACGCUGAUGCUGAGCCGCGCGAUGGAGACGUACAAGCGGGCCGCCUUUGAGGAGGAUUACGAGGUCUGGCAGGCGGGCAGGGGCGUUAGCAGCAUCCACGCCGUCGAGAGCUGUGAGCAGGUCCUGAGCAGAUUCGGCGAGGUCGCGCGGGCGUGA